AUGGGUGCUAACAAGGUCGUGCAGAAGUCGAAGGAGGCCAAGAUGAAGGCUGCGAUGGCUGGAGGGAAGUCCAAGAAGAAGAAGUGGAGCAAGGGCAAGGUCAAGGAGAAGCUCGCGAACCUGGUCAUGUUUGAUCAGGCGACAUAUGACAAGAUGCUAAAGGAGAUUCCGAAGGCAAAGCUGAUCACCACGGCUAUCGUCAGCGAGAGGCUGAAGGUCAACGGGUCGGUCGCUCGCCAGGCCAUCCGCCACCUGGAGGAGAAGGACCUGAUCCAGGUUGUGGGCGAGAGGAGCUCCAGCAUGCUGAUCUACACGCGCAAGAUCGGCGCAGGCGAUUGA